AGUGUCACGCCAGACGUCCCUUGAUAGCAGCCAUCUCAAUGUGUCCAGUGUGAUGUCUAAGGACAAGACAGAAACUACCAGGACAGGGAAGAACACAGGUGGAGAUGAGGAGUCACUGGAUGUGUCCAGGGCCUCAGACAGCUCCAAAGUCUCAUUUGACCUUCCUGUAGAUGCUUCAGGUUCCAGAGCAGGAGUUGAUGGGUUGUCAGUGGAAAGGCUGACUCUGCUGGGAAGGGUGCAUGUAGCUCGAGUUGUGAUCGAGUCACUACAAGUCAGCACUGACGAUGGUGACGACAAACAAAAACCUAACAAGGCCAAGGACAGUAAGAACAAGCUCAGGGGCAGGCCACCCAGGCCUUCUCCAAAGAGAGCUAAGAGCACGUACUUUGUGGAGUACCAGUUCCCAGUGGCUGCCAGCUCCAGGGACAAGGGCGGGGCCAGCGCCAUGGCAACAGAGGUCAUGAGGGUCGCGUCCAAGAAAAUCAAAGAUGGAGUUGUGACAUUUGGGCACAGGUCGAUGUUCCCUGUCCAGUUUGACGGACCCUGUGUGGAGCGAUGGUGGAAACAGCCGCUGGAGUUCAGAGUCUUCUGUAGGAACCCUGGUCAGAAAUCUCCAAUCUUGAAGGGAACUUGCAGCCUUCCUUUGAAGUCUGUCUUGAAGUCAGAAGACCUGAGUGUCUACUGUGACCUCGAGGUGAAAGGUGAAUCCAGGUCAAGGUCAUCAUCCACAACAUCAAGGUCAGAGUCAGAGGCCCUGCAGGAAGGAGGACUCGGGCCACUUAAGGUGUCUGUUGAGUUGGCCUCUGACAGUAAAGACUUUCCCUCAGCUUUGGCCAAGACCAAGUUAGCCGAGCUGAAGGGGUCAAAGGUCGUACCCAUUCCUCAGCCAAAACACAAACCAGUGACAGCUGUGCAAAGAGCUGUUCAAGACAUAGUAGAGAAAGGUGUGUCACUCUUCUUUGUAACCUAA